GUUGUUCGUGGCGCAAAAUCCACUCUUCCAGUCUUCCUUCCCAUCUUGUUUGCUGCGUUCACAUCACGACUUGUGUGUGUUGUGUGGCCGUUGCAGGACGACUGGUUGCUGGCAGUGAUGAGCGACGACAAGACGAGCGGCGAGGCACAGCCCAAGCGCGCAAAGUCAGAUCCGACGCUGCCGCCGAAUUGGGUGGAGCGCAUGUCGCGAUCGCGCGGGGUCAAGUACUACUUCAAUGUCAAGACGAAGGAGAGCAGGUGGGAGCGGCCAGAGCCCGAACAGGAGAAGAAGACCGUCACGGCGUCCCAUAUCCUGUGCAAACACCGCGACUCCCGCCGCCCUUCAUCCUGGAGGGAGCAGAACAUCACGCGGACUAAGGAGGAGGCCAUCGACAUCAUCAAGAAGCAUCGGCAGGACAUUGUGGACGGCAAGGUCACGUUUGAGGACGUUGCUCGCACGGAGAGCGACUGCAGCUCUGCCAAGCGCGGCGGUGACCUCGGGCCCUUUACCCACGACAAGAUGCAAAAGCCUUUCGCUGACGCAGCGUUUGCGCUCGAGGUUGGCGAGCUGAGUGACGUCGUCAUCUCGGACUCCGGUGUUCACAUCAUCAAGCGCACCGCAUAGUGGCACGCACACACACACACACACACACACACA